AAGCCGUUGAGUAUUAAACCCUUAUUAUUUGGAAAAGCCGAAGCCGUAAGUAUUUCUAAUUUACCCAAUCAUUUGUUCUUCAAUCCCAUGGGUUCUGCAAACAAACACCAUCAUCGCCCACAACCUUCUUCCACCGCCAUAACCGUAAAAGAUCAGAACAAAGUUUCUCACCUCCCUCGUUAUCAACAGCUCGACAGUUUUGGGCAACCCACUACGAGCAGCGACACUGAGGAGAGAAACCCUAACCCUAAUACUCUUGCAUUUAGAGAUUCUGAUAUGGAGAAGCGUCCUCUCGCCGACGAUAGCGGCGCAGAUGCUUUUCUCUGUAACUCCAACUUCCUGACUCGUCAAGAAGUGAUUCGACGUCGUUCUCGUCGAGUGAAGCAACUUGCCAAGUGCUACAAGGACCAUUAUUGGGCGUUAAUGGAGGAAUUGAAGGUUAAGUACAGGGAGUACUAUUGGAAGUAUGGAAAGAGUCCUUUUAAGGAGGAGGACGAAAAUGAUAAUGGAGGAAUGGGGAUAAAUGGUGUAAAAGGAAGCGGGGAGAAUAACAGGGCAGGGUUGGGAUUAGGGCCUGGGGAGAACAAUAUUGAUGGAAAGAACAACCGGUGUGCUUUUCCAGGAUGUAAGGCAAAGGCGAUGGCACUGACGAACUAUUGCCAACCACAUAUUCUCUCGGAUAGCAAGCAGAAGCUCUAUAAAGCUUGUACCUAUGUCAUCAAGAGUGCACAGACUGGACCUAUUCUUUGUGGGAAGCCAAUACUGAGAUCUACUGUUCCUUCUCUAUGUAUGGUCCACUUCCAAAAGGCUCAGAAACAUGUUACACGGGCACUUAAGAAGGCAGGUCUUAAUAUUUCUUCAUCAACUAAGCUGGCUCCCAAGUUCCAUGUCAUUGUUGCAGAAGCUGUGCACCAGAUCCAGACUAAAAGAAGAGCAGCACGAAGGGCAACUUUAGAUAACCGUGUGGUUAAGGAGUCAAAUGCUGGUUGAGCCCCCUAUGCCAAUGUACUUGAUCUUUUCCCUAUUUGAGUUAGUGAAGUACAUUAAGACAAAACUACACAGGUGAAAUAUCUUUAACAAUUGGAGCAGGAUGAAAUCUUGAAUUGGAUGGGGAUAUGUGCAUUAGGGGGCAAACCUUUUUGCCAAAGGUGGUGGAAAUAAGAAUAAGAGGCCGAGUUGUAUAUUUUCUCAGUGGUGAUGGAAAAUGGUCAUCAAAUUAAUCGAGUUCAUUAGUGGUGGAGAUUUACCAUUCAAACAAUCCUUUAGGCUAAAUAGAUGAAUUCAGUUUCAUGCAGGUAUGUUCAGUUUACAAACAAAUAAACUGGAGGUUCAGUUUAUAAUGAAGAAUAUUUUAUCAGAUCAAAACAAGGAGGUUCCGAUAAUGAAGAUAGUAGUUUUUCAACUGUAUAGUGCUGAUUCUUGGGAAAAUCCAUAUUGUAAAUGAAACCUCAUGAACUGAUUGUUUUCCAUUUUGAUCGGAUUUUGACUUUUUAACUGAACCAAGUGAUCCUUUGACUGGAUUUUACAUCCGUUUACAAGUUUAAAGAAGGUGAGAUGUGGAAUAUUUUCAA